CCGGCAGAUUAGAGCUCGCAACGUUUACACUUAACAAAAGAGCAUAUAUCUCAGGAUACUAAGGAAUUAAUCAUGAAUCUAAAAAUGGCCCAGCCCGAUUCCCAGUCUCAGCCGGCUCACUUGGUGCUUGGUAAUGGCAAAGUCUACGUAUCUGAUCCCGAUGCGCUAACGGAGACGCCUAAGCUGGCGUCCUCCAUAGUUAUCAAGGACGGUAUUAUUACUCAUGUCGGAGAACAAGGCGACGAGCAGAUCAAGGCGGCCAUUGCUGCUGGCGCCGAAACCAAAGACUUGGCCGGAAGAACAGUCUUGCCUGGUUUCAUCGACGGACACCUACACAUUCUACAACUCGGCCAGGGUAUUCAAAAGGUUGUCCUGGACAAGUGCACGUCGCUCGAGGAUAUCCGACAGGCCAUCAAAGAGCGUGCCGAAGCUGAUCCUCAUGCGCGCCGCAUCUUCUGCAAGGGAUGGAUGCACUCCAUGACACCAGAAGGUGUAGAUGCCACUCUGCUGGACGACGUGGACCCUCGGCCCAUCUUUGUCGACACCAAGGAUAUGCACACGACAUGGUGCAAUACGGCUGGCCUCAAGGAGAUUUGCGACCUCAUGAAGAUUGACAAAGACACACCCGAUCCAGCGGGUGGCACAAUCCAGCGAGAUAGCGCAGGCGAGCCCAACGGCGUCUUUAACGAGAGUGCCGUGUUCCAGAUCAUCUGGCCAUUCUGCGCACAGGUAGCUUCCAAGGAGGAAAAGAUGGCGUCGUACCGCGCUGCCGUGAAAGAAUUCAACUCGGUCGGAUACACGGGCAUGGUGGACAUGGCCAUGGAUGAGGAUAUCUGGGAACCGCUACUUGCUCUGCGCAAUGCCGAGGGACUUGGUGGCAUGCGCCUCUCUGCCUACUGGCUGAUGAAGCCUGAUCCUAGCCUUGAGAAUGUCCUGAAGCAGGUGGACCGCGCUGCAGAGCUCGCUGCCAAGUACAACAAGGACACUACACCGGAUUGCCGCAUCGUGGGCAUCAAGGUCAUCUGCGAUGGUAUUAUUGACGCCUGCACAGCCUCGCUGCGAGAGCCGUACACAACCAACGUCAACCCAGAUCCUAUCUGGGACGAAGAAGUGCUACAUCCAGUCGUUGCUCGCGCGCAUUCAUACGGUCUUCAGGUUGCGCUACAUGCCAUUGGCGACCGCACCAUCCAGAUGGCCAUUGACGUACUCGAGAAGAACACGGAUGCGUCCCGCCGUCCCCGCAUUGAGCACUUGGAGCUUGCAUCAGAGGAAGACGCCAAGCGACUCGGAAAGCUGGGCAUCACUGCUUCUAUUCAGCCUGUGCAUUCUGACCCUGCUAUCCUGCGCGCAUGGCCGAGACUUCUGGGUGCUCGCCGGUGCAAGCGAGCCUUUGCGUAUCGCGAGUUUGUGGACAAUGGCGCCCGCAUUGCAUUGGGUUCUGAUGCGCCUACCGCGCCGCAUGAGCCACUGCCAAAUCUAUACGUGGGAACUACGCGCAAGUCUUUCCGCGAGCGCGAUUUGGGGACCGUGGUGAACCCGGAGUUUGCAUUGACGGUGUGCCAAGCGGUUGUUGGUGCAACCCACGGCUCGGCGUACUCGUGCUUCUCUGAUGAGUGGACUGGUCGACUGGCGCCGGGGCUCAAGGCUGAUUUUAUUGUUUGCGAUUUGGAGUUGACCAAGGAUGAGUUGGUGGAGGGUGUUGUGCAAGAGACGUGGUUUGAGGGCCAAAGGGUGUAUAAGCGAGAGUAAAGAGAUGACGUGGGAUGGUGAUGGUGAUGAUGUUGAUGUUGUCGAUGCUGUCGAUGUUGUCGAUGUUGUCGAUGUUGAUGAUGAAGCAUGAAUGAUGCAAGCUGUAGAAUGUGUAGUAGAUAUAUAUAUCUGUAGAAUUUUAAUUGAAUUCUAUUCUAAAUGACAAAU